AUGGAGUCGGACACCGAGCAGGCGACGCCUGGCCCAGCUGAUCGGGGGACACAUCGAGGGGCCGAAGAGAAGCGAGAAGGCGAAAAACAUGGCGUUCUCAAGUCCUGUGCACUUUGCCUGAAGAGCCUCGGUUGCAAGUGGUGCCUUCCGGACUUUGACACCUGCGAGUUGACUCAUGAAGAAGAAUUCGUUCUCCACGUCUUGAGCUCCGCCGCAUGCGUUCCUUACAACCCCGAUGACCCAGAACAAGAAAAGCUUCUGCUCGAACUGUACGACGAGGUCGUCAGCCCCGCAGAUCCCCUGCCGCCCGACGCCGAACGCGACUGGAAGGCAAUCGGUUUCCAGAGCCAAAACCCACGCACCGAUUUCCGAGGGGGCGGUUUGCUGGCGCUUCAGCAGCUUCUCUUCUUCGCCCAAAAUUUCCAUGAGGAGAUGCUCGUCCUCGUCCAGAAAAGCAAACAAGAUGUCUUCCCCCUGGCUGCCAGUCUCAUCAAUGCCACACACAUGCUGGGAACCUUCUUCGACCUGUACACAGACCACCACAUGAUGACGGGGCCCUCGAGUGUGGCGGCUCGAGCAUCGCCGCGGUGUUUGAAAAAUUUCACCAAGUUGUGUGUGUCUGCGGCCAAGUCGGGAGUCCGUUCGCGGGGGUCGACUUUCAAGGCGUUUUCCCUGUGUUCGACUGCCUCGAAGCCUCGCUCGCUCCUGUCGAAUCCCCGCGGGGAGUCAACGGCCGAGGGAUCGAGCCUGUCCGGGCAAGAGGAGCGUUCGAAGCCGGCGCGGUCGGGUAUUCUCUCUCGGCGCUUAGGCACGGCCUCUCGCACCGAGGAGACAGACUCGCUGUCUUCCGCGUCUGCGCGCGUGAUGUACGUGUUCAACUACCUGUUUUCAUGCAUGGUGAUUCGCCUAGAUCGCGAAAUUGAGCGAAGACGCGGAUGGAGUUCCACUGCUGAAGGCGCAGGCGAAGCGAAGACCUCAGGAGCGCCCAGCGCUGCCCCGGCGCCGAGCGAAGCCAGCAGUUCCGCAAGGAGGCUGGUUCGCCUUCCCUCGGAGUCGACGGCUUUGUCGGGGAGUGCGUCGCUAGCAGGCGCGCCGGCAGCCUCAACGGGAGACGCCGAGGCCGCGCAUGCAGAGGGCGAGGACGAGAAACAGCCUUUGUUGACUGAGGCACCGGACGGCGAGGCAGGGGGGCGAGUGCGGACCAGGAGCGACAGCGACGAGGAGACGGAAAAGCAUGCGGGGGAGCAUCCACAGAAGUCCGCCGGAAGUGUGGCCGACCUGAUGAUGCAUCUGAAGAAGUCCGGACAGGAGUUGCCUCUCGCCACGCGAGCCUUUCUCACCUCUCAGCGACCGGACAACUCGCCAGUGGGACAGCGAGGCUCCACCAUCUUUGUUUUCGCGGACAGCCUGGUUUCAUGCAGAGUCGCGGUCGAAGAGCUGCUGAGCUCGGGAGAAGUCCACACCGUCAAGGACCUCCUGAAGCUCACAGUAGUCGACUAG